GGAUGGCACUAUUGCGAUCCGGUUACAUACACACAUUGCGGCUAUGAGUGGGUAUGUACAUGUGUGUGUGUUUAUGUGUGGUGUGAAGCACAUUCAGCAGACAGAAACCCCACGCUGCCUCCAGCUUUUAGCGCUGCGAGGAGAAUCCAUGUCCACUCAUGUCUGCAGCUCAUGAAUAAAGCAGCGAUGGAGCAUCGAGGAGGGAAAUUCAGCGACAAAGUAAAAGACAAUCCUACUGCGCCUUCAUGGAGCCAAAAUGGCGCCACGGAGGAAGAGUAUGGCUGUCCGGACGGUCCCGAUGAAGAUAAACGGGUCAAGAGAGUAUCGUGGGCCGCGAAACCUGCCGAAGAACAGCCGCGACUGAACUUCCACAUCCCCCGGAAGAGCAAAGAAAAGAGAGCUCUGUUUCAGUAUGUGUCUAUGGACUCCAGAGAGUUUUCUGACAUCCUGCAGAUCCUCACCUCCAGUUACAAGGACUCUUCCUCAGCAGGGACGUUUGUGUACUCCAAACCUCGCCUUGUCCACAGUGAACCGCUGGAGAAAGACUUCAUGGAGAAGAGAAGGGAACUCAAGCAGGAUGGGCGCACAGAGAAAGAGCUGUCUGAAUCAUUUUGCUUCCUGCUUUGUGAUGAUCAAAAGAUCUCAGUGGUGUGUGAGAGAGGUCUGUCUGUUGGCUGCAGCUGGAUGAAUAUGUUGGGGAAUCCAUCUAAAGGUGUUUACCUGUGUCAGUUUUCUGAUUUACUUCAAAUCAGCCCCAUCGAGCCUGGAUCCACAGGAAACAUCAUCAUAUUUAAAGUUAUAAAGGGAAAAGUCAAGAGUGUACAUGAUUGUAUGUCAAGAAGUAUGGAUCCUACACCUAAAUUUGACAGCCAUUUCUCGAAGAACUCAACUCGAGUGACAUCCUUACAGGCGUACAGGGCAUUUGAGUAUACUCAGCAAUAUUUCUACGAGUAUGUGGAUUUCGACAUUUCAUCCAGGCCGAGACAUGUGUGUCCGUAUGCUGUGGUUUCUUAUUACUUUAAAAGCAAAGAGGCUUUGACGGCUGCCCCCAAACCGCUUCCUCCUCUCAGGACCAGUCAGCCAUCAGGGAUGAGCAGAGGUAGGCGCAGCUACACGGUAUGGCGGGGACAUUUUGUGAAUGGAGGAAAAGACGUGUACCAGGCCUGCCUUCGAUCGCUCUCUCAGCCUUUCCUGCCCUAUAAACUGCCAGAGAAGAUUGAGAUCGGUAAAGUCAUGAGCCUAAUGCAGGUGAAGCAGAAAAUCCCGCCUGCCCUUUUCUCCUGGAAUCUCUACACGGGCAGCCAUGAAGUGUCUAAAAGUGGCAUGUUCUGCAGUCUGUUUGACGUGGUGGAGAAAGACAAAUCUCCAAAGAGUUUGACUGCACUGCUGCAGAAACUGGAGGAAGAGGGUCUGGUGUUGGUGAAUAUGGUGAAGGACAGAGGUUUUCUCUUCUUGCUUUCUGGCAGUCAAAUGGCCAACUCAAGUGAGCGACGAGGCGGUUGGAAAAUGUCCUGUAUACAAGCACUUUUUAUUUACCGUGAGAAGCGUGACUUGUUAAAGAGCUCAUCAACUCCCUGCAAGCCUGUGUCAUCAGACCAUUGGGGUCCCAUCAUGCCCCAGCAUGAUUUGUUCAUCUCCGCUCUUCACUACACCCUCAGCAAGGCUCGUAGUGACCCUCCUGCUGACCUCAGUGCCACCAUAGAGCAGCAGGUUUACGACUACCUCACAAACCACCAUGAAGGCAAACCAAUACAGCGCAUUAGGACAGACUACGAUCCCAAACUGGAUGUCAGGGAAAAGCUCUUCCCUGCACCCAGACAGAAGACAAACUGGGAGGCCUUCAUGCGGCCCUACAUCUACAACCCUGCCAUGUUUGCAAUGGUUCUGGAGAACGUGAAGAAGAAGGUGGAGGAGUUCCAGGUUCAGACCAACCUGAGCGCUGAGAAAGCACCCCCUCAUGAUAACCCAGAAAAAGUAAAAGAGCUACUGAAGCUCAUUCAGCUGAACAAGAAGAGCUCAAAAGGAAAGGCAGGAAGUCCAGAGGCAAUGGAGGACACCUAUGCACUUAAGAGGAAGGUAGAUCUUGACGCCCUUGAAGGAAGCUCAAAACGACAGAGAAAUCAACCCAAUGAAGAAUUCAGGGAAGCAGACGAGAGGCAGUCCACUCCACGUCUCGCCAAUGUUCUGAGCAGUGUCGGCAUUCAGGACACAGACCUGAGGAAGGACAAAUCUCAGAGUGCGCUGAAAGUCAUGGAGAUGCUAGACAGCCUUGGAAAGACCAGUCUUGACACAGACUUGCGCAAAGACAAGACCCAGGGGGCGCUAGAGGUCAUUAAGUUGAUAGACAACCUGACCAGAGUCACCACAGAAUCACCUGAGGACACAGAGAUGAAGGACACAACGGACAUUUCUGACGCCGCUCUGUUCGACAGCAUGUUAAGACUCGGCCUCCCGACUGACCGUGACAUUGACCUGAGGAAAAGAUUCAUGGAUGAUGAAACAGAGAGGACUGACUGUCUUGAGGAGGAGACUGCUGGUAGCUUGAGUAGUUUAGAAGCAUUUAGCCCUUGUUCAGAUUCUGGUGGACAGCAGCGUGGCGUUAACCUGCUCGGGGAAAAGACAAUUCCAUGGGUACUAAUACCCAUCACAGGUCUGAAAACAGAAAGAUAUUCCCAAAGAAAGAUGGACUAUCCUGAAGAUCCACGUUUCCUUCAGAGCCCAGUUGUAUCUACACACACCACACCUGACAAGAAAGAUCUCUCACCCCCCUACCAGCCUGACAGCAGCAACAUAGUAGUGGAUCUGGAUGUACAGACUGCAGCAGAGGUUGAGGAUGAAGACCCUGUUCCUGCUGCUGUGAACACUUUUAGCGAUUGUCCUGCAAAUGAAGUUGACCACAUAGUUGAUGAGCAAAUCUCUGGCUUUUCCAGUGAGGUUGAGCAGCUGUUGAGGGGCAAUAAUAUUUAUUAUGUUUCUUGCUUAAGCACUCAGGGCUCACGAAAACCUCCCCAGACUGCAGUUCUACCACUUUCUGAUUAUGUCUCAAACUUCAACACUCCAUUUCCUGUCUGUAACUACAUCAGCUCUUUCCAGGACAGUCUGAAGAUGUUCAUAGACUCUCAUCAUGCCAGUGGACCCCAUGCAGCUCAAGAAGAUGUGUCUUCAUCAUCUUCUGCGACAGAAGUUACUUCAAAUGUCCCUGAUACGUCCUCCAACAUUAAUCCUUGUGCUUCCUCAUCUUCAACCACUAAACCCAACACUUUUGAUUCAUCUCUGAGACCAGGUUCCCCUUCUAUUGCCCUACCUGACUCAAUGACACAACUGCAACAUCGGUCAAGUUUACCUGAACCUGAUGUCCACGAACCUCCCCAAAAGAUGUGUCCAUUAGAGCAGGACUCAGUGUGCCAAAAGACCCUGAAAACAAACAUCUCUAAUAAUCUCCAUCAAAGCUCACAUGAGAUGAAUGGUAGUUCAUUUGCUGAGACUACGGAAGCUGUGGAGGGGCAAAUGGCACACUCUGCCGUACCAGCUGAAGUCGCCCCGAUGGAACACGCACAUUCCGCCAUCAGCAGUAUCAUUGAUCAGCUACAGCCAGAGGUGAUUAGUAACCUGGUGGAGAUCCUUAAAGGAGUACAGAAGAAUUCAGUUCACUUCUACAUCCAUUCCAUGGAUGAGGAGGAGAGUGACGUCUGCUGGGAAAUAAAGGAAUAUUUGAAAAAGUUGGGGGAUUUGGAGUGUAACCCUCAUAGUUUCCUUGAAAAAAGCAGUAGUCAAGAUAAACUACUGGUCAUCAUUCAGAAUAUGGACAUCGCCACACAGGUUCACAAGAUACCUUCAUUAGUUUCCUUGAAGAAGCAUCCAUCUGUGAGCUUUGCUGGUGUAGACAACCUGAGUGACAUUCAGAACCACACCUACAAUGAACUCUUUCAGUCUGGGGGUUUCAUUGUGUCAGAUGAGCACGUUUUGAAUCCAGCCGUCAUCACAGCAGAUAAACUUCAAGAUAUACUUCAGCACAUUGAGCAGCUCAACUCUCCUCUGAACCCCUGGAGGUGGAGGAUACACUUCAAAUCGCACAAGAAACUCAGAGAGCACAGCAGGCUUAAAGCUGAUGCUUUGAACCUGUACGAGAUCCUCACUUCUUAUGAGAAGAGACAUAUUGUGGAAAUCCUGUCGUACCAUGACUGUGACACUCCAUCACGUAGAGCACCUGACCUUGAUUGUCUAGUGGAUCUGCAAGCAAGAUUCAUCAAGCAACGACACCUGAUAUUUCUCACAGGCUUCCAAUUUGAGAUGUUUCCCCACUACUCAAGCAGUGGCAUCGUUAUUGCCAAUGUUGAUGACAUAAAGUUUGUAAUAAGCAGUUUAGCCAGUGGAGAAAAUGUGGACACCAUUCCGUCUGCUGAGAUUUACCCCACUCCUGAUCCAGCGUCAUUGAGAGAUGAUAGCAUGUCCAUGGACUCGGACCAGGACUCUACAGAUAACAGUGUAUCUGUCACAACUAAGUUGAGCCAUGUUGUUACAGACCAACACCCGUCACUUGCGACUGAUCCGUACCCUCCUGUCUCCGAACCCUCUCUUCAAGACCAAGCAAACACAAUUCCUGGGCCCACAGCAACCAGCGAUAUGCCAAAACAGUUAGACUUUAAAGCUCUCAGCGAAGCAAUUUCUCAAUUCAAGGCUUCCAAGAUGCUUGUGGAGUCUGACGCAGGUGAAACUUCUUUUCGAGUCGAUCCUCAUCAAAGUUUCCUCAAUCUUGGUGAUCAGACAGAUUCCUAUCCUCAGUACUCCUCGGAAACCCACAGUCUGUCAGCUACUCUAUCGGAGACACUAGUCUCCUGCAUUUCCAGCAAAAUUGAAUCAGCUGUCCCAACAAUGUUCACUGGGGCUCCAUUGAGCUGUGCUUCUGGAAAUGCAGAGUUGGCAUCUUCUGUUGAAGCUAGCCGUGAAAUGGUCAUGGCUAGCGGAGAAACGCCAUGUAGCUUCAAACCAGCCACACCUACAGCUGUGCCUAUCAUAGCAGCUGAGAAUGCCAGCGAUAUAUUGAAUAAUCCAGAACAUUGGGAACAAUCAAGCACAAGCUCCAUGGACAAUCGGUCAGACACGACUAAUGCUGGGAGCAAAGUUGAUAGUGGUCAAGCAUCCAAUGGAAGCAGUGUUUCGGAGAACCCCCCGAUGACAGCAGUGGUCAAUACUAGUUCCUUUGAUCCACCGGUCAAGAACCAAUGUGGGAACAGAGGUUUUCUUCCCACACCUGGCAAUUCUAGAUAUGGCAUGGAUUGUUUUUAUCCAGCACUAGAGGGAAGUGGCUUAAUAUCAUCUACACCUAGAUCUAUGGGUCUGAACUGCCCUAGAUUUGCAUCUCACAAUGGUGCUAUUGGAUUCAGACAUCCUCUUCUGAACUGCACGGUUUCCAACAAUCUCGCAGUGGUAGGACCUCCAGUCUUGACAGGAUUCUUGCCUAGUAAUAACAUGCAUAUGACGUGGAACAAUUUGGCACAGGGGUCCGCAUCAGGCCUUUGGGCUGCUCGCUAUGGCUUGGAUGCACAGCAGCUCCAUAGGUCUCAGUUCAUCCAGAAUUGGCAGGGAAAUCCUGCGUUCCAAGGAGAUAGUUAUCGUCCCAACAGGGGAGGAUUUGGUGGCUGGUAAACCAGCAGUGUGUGUAGAUAGUUUUCAAAAUGUUUACAACUGAAAAUCUGUUUGUCUUUUGUAUGAGAGAAAUGAAACAUUUCCAGGUUUUCACUGAAAGUGAAUUAAAAAGUGAUUCAUUUCAUAUUUUUCAGAGAACAUUAUAUUUGUAUUUUGCUUUUGCAUGUUGGUCGGGCUGAACAUGUUGGUUUUUUUUUCCCUUUUGUGAAAAAGCUCAAGGCCUUGGUUUUAGUAUUAUUUUUAUAAAGCCGAUUAACAUUAAACAACUUUACAACCAA